AUGACGGUUGAAGAAGCCAAUAAGAAGGCGUCCGAUGCCGAGAGCAUUGACUUGAAGGCUCCCCCAAGAGUCUCAUCCGCCGAGUCUUCGUCUUCGUCGACCUUUGACGGUCCUCGCGCCAAGCAGACCGACUGUGCUUUUGAUACGACUGAGGACCCACGGUUCUAUAAGCCUAUUCCUGAAUAUGAGGGUGCCCAUCGCUGGGACCCGGACUUUGAGUGGUCGGAGCAAGAAGAGAAAGCCGUUGUCAGAAAGAUCGAUUGGCGUGUCUGUACAUUUGCCUGUGUGACUUUCUUUGCGCUCCAGCUAGACCGUGGAAAUAUCGUCCAAGCUACGUCCGACAACAUGCUGGAUGAUCUUGGCAUGACCACGAACGACUACAACACUGGUCAAACAAUUUUCUACCUGACAUUUCUCUUCGCCGAGCUACCCUCUCAGCUAAUAUCGAAAUGGGUCGGCCCUGAUCGCUGGAUUCCUGUGCAAAUGAUAAGCUGGAGUCUCAUCGCUUCGUGCCAGGCAUUUAUCCAGAAUAAGAAUGGAUUCUGGGCGACCCGGGCUAUGCUCGGUCUCCUCGAGGGUGGCUUUAUUCCAGAUACCAUUCUCUUCCUAUCAUUUUGGUAUAAAUCCAAGGAGUUGCCUAUCCGACUCAGCUUCUUCUGGAUGACAUAUGAAGCUACCGCGAUUAUCAGCGCUUUCCUGGCUUUUGGAUUUCUCCAUAUUCGUCAAUCCGAUGGCACCGGUGGCUGGCGAUACCUAUUUGCCUUAGAGGGGUUGAUCACGGGUCUGAUCGGUAUUGUCGCCGCAUUCUGGAUGCCUCCCUCGCCAACGCAGACCGCAGGCCGGUUCCGCGGGAAGAAUGGCUGGUUCAAUGAGCACGAGGAGAAAAUUAUGGUUAACCGCGUGCUGCGCGAUGACCCAAGCAAGGGUACCAUGCACAAUCGUCAAGCUGUUACUCCCAGGCUGCUUUGGCAGGCCCUGAAGGACUACGACAUGUGGCUCAUCUAUCUACUUGGCCUGACUUGGUUGAUCCCUUCGACACCAGCUACAUCAUACAUCAGUCUGGAACUCAAGUCACUUGGUUUCAGUACUUUCAACACAAACCUGCUCACUAUCCCGGCCUAUGUGAUCUUCAUCAUCAAUCUGCUAGUGUGGACGUGGAUGUCGGAGCGGUUUAACCAGCGAUUGUUGCUUGGUGUUGGUGCCGAGCUUUGGGCUCUGAUCCUAUUGAUCGCGCUGGAGACUAUUUCUGAAGGUGCUAGUGCGUGGGUACGUUGGGUUCUGCUGAUCCUGCUGAUUGGUAUGCCUUACGUGCAUGCCAUCAUUGUUGCAAUUACGUCGCGCAAUGCAGGCUCUGUGAGAACGCGUACGGUUGCUACUGCCGUCUACAAUAUGAUGGUGCAGGCUAGUAACAUCAUUGGUAACAACGUCUACCGCACCGAAGAUAAGCCGUACUACCACACCGGCAAUAAGGCCCUGAUUGGCCUUGCGGUGUGGAGUAUGGCGAUAUUCAUCAUUGCCAAGAUCUACUACGUGAGACGUAACAAACAAAAUGCCGCUAUCUGGGAUAAGAUGUCCAGCGAAGAGCGUUCGCGAUACGUCGUUGAAAACAAAGAUUUAGGAAACAAGAGGGUCGAUUUCCGAUUUUUGCACUAG